GUAUCAAUCCGCUGUGGUUGCCGGCAUUCAAGGAGCAACCCGUCAGUAGGAUGGACCGGUAUUUCAACGUCUUAGAUGAGGAUAAAAAUGGGGCCAUUGACAUAAAUGAACUCGAAAUGUGGAUAGAAAAGUCUUACAGAUCAAACGACAAAACACGUGCUGAGGAGAAAUUAAGGUCAUGUGAUGAAAACAGUGAUGGAUAUCUAUCAUUUGAGGAGCACUUGCAAUGUACAUUUGGACUUAGUUCAGAAGAACUGGUUUAUCGUGUGGAUCCAAACCUAGAGACCAUUGUUCGAGUAGCAAAUGCGGAACAGGUACGAUUUAACGGUGUGGAUAGGAACAAAGACGGAAAACUUUCACGUUCGGAACUCGUAAUGUUUUUGUCACCCCAAAAUUACCAUUCAAUGGCGGAUGUCGAGCUGCAGGUCGGACUGACUCGUUACGACACUAAUCACGACGGCAUUGUAACCCUUGACGAGUUUCUUUCUACAUCUGGAACCCAAAAUUCAAACGAAUUGGAUGAUCUCGUUGACCAGUUUGCCAAACUGGAUAAAAACCAUGACAACAGGUUGACUGUGGAUGAACUAAAACAAUGGUUAUUUCCAAAUGCAUCUUCAAUGGCAGCAGUUGAAGCCAAAAAUAUAUUUGCUAUUAUCGAUGCUGAUAAUGAUGGCAAGAUAUCUGUUCCAGAGCUCCGAAGUCGUACUAGUGCGUUUGCACACGAAACAUCUACAUCAUAUCCUGGAACCCCAUUUGAGGAAUUCUGAAUAUGAAGGGCACGGUAUUUUAUAAAAACUUGCCUCAUUUUCCUCUGCUUACAUUCCUAAUCUGUUGGCAGAAUGAUUCCGCUGAUUGACU